UUUCAGUAACAUAUUCCGUAGCAUCUACCCAGUCAGUACUCACCAAUGGCAAUAGGCCAAUAGCUAUAAUUGCCCAAACCCAACUCAUAAUUUCAAAUUUUGCUCAAUACUUUAUCUACAGGUGUAACAUUGAUUAAACACAAACACAAAUCACCUCUUGUUGGUUCUUAAUUUCUUUCUUCCACUAUGCCUUCUCUCUCGGAAGCCUUUAGAGGUCACCCCGUGUACCUUCAUCAGAAACACCACGACUUCAACUCACUUCAAGAACUCCCUGACUCUUACGCUUGGACACAACCUGAUGAUGAUGAUCACCGUCUCACAAAUUACCCUUCCAACAAUAAGACUAAGACCGUUGUCCCCAUCAUCGAUUUGAACGACCCAAAUGCUCCAAACCUCAUAGGCCAUGCAUGCAAAACAUGGGGUGUGUUCCAAGUGGUGAACCAUGGCAUCCCCACGAGCCUCUUCAGUGACAUUCAGAGGGCUAGUCUUGCUCUAUUCUCCCUUCCUCUUCACCAGAAGCUCAAAGCAGCUCGCUCCCCCGACGGCGUCUCCGGCUACGGCCGCGCUCGCAUUUCCUCCUUCUUCCCCAAGCUCAUGUGGUCUGAGUGCUUCACAAUUCUCGAUUCCCCUCUUGAUCUUUUCCUCAAACUCUGGCCACAAGACUAUGCUAAAUACUGUGAUAUUGUCGUGGAAUAUGAAGCAGCCAUGAAAAAGCUAGCAGCGAAGUUAAUGUGCCUUAUGUUGGCUUCCCUUGGUAUUCCCAAGGAAGACAUUAAAUGGGCUGGGCCGAAAGGAGAAUUCAACGGGGCUUGUGCGGCUUUGCAUUGGAAUUCUUACCCGAGUUGCCCGGAUCCGGAUCGGGCCAUGGGUCUGGCCGCGCACACGGACUCCACUCUCCUCACAAUCCUGCACCAAAACAAUGUCAAUGGGCUUCAGGUUCUCAAGGAAGGGGAAGGGUGGGUGGCGGUGCCUCCGCUUCCCGGAGGGCUCGUGAUCAACGUCGGCGAUCUGCUCCACAUUUUGUCAAACGGGUUGUACCCGAGUGUGCUGCAUCGAGUUCGGGUGAACCGAACCCGGCAGAGGUUCUCGGUUGCUUAUCUAUAUGGGCCCCCAACAAACGUCCAAAUCAGUCCACAAGUAAAAUUGGUAGGCCCAACAAGGCCCGUUCUUUAUCGAUCAGUGACUUGGAACGAGUACCUUGGCACCAAAGCAAAGCUUUUUAAUAAGGCUCUUUCAGCUGUUAGGCUUUCUUCAUCUAUUAACGGUUUGUUUGAUGUAAACGAGGAUAAGAGUAACGACUUUCAAGUGGGCUAGAAUCUAGAUAGCCAUAGGCUUGAACUUUUUUUACCCUUCUCGGUCAAAUCUUGUACCAGCCAUAAAAGGCAAAAAUGAAAAUAAUAAAAUAAAAUUUCAAAGACA